AUGCUUCUGCGCGUACCGUUGUGGCGGCAGCUGAUACUGCUUAUACUGUACGACUUAGCUGUAGCGGUGGUGGAGGACAGCAGCAGCAGCAGCAGCAAGUCGCUGCCAGUGCUAUCAUCACAAACCGGCGCUGCUGCUCCUGUUGCUGCCGCCGGCGCUGCCGACAUAGGCAGCGCACACAGAACAUCCCAGCCCCAAAACAGCGAAGGUCAGCUGCAGCACAUUGAGCUGCUUGAAGCACUACCGCUGCAGAGCUGUGGCUUUCGCCUAGCCAGCCCGCCGCCGAAAAGCGUAUCUGCAGUGGCAGCCGCAGCACCUGCAGCAGCCGCGGCAGCACCGACUUUAACUGAAGUAACCAGAGCAACAGUCCAAGCAGGAGCAGCUGCUACGGGACCGCCCAAAAUGGAUGAAAACAGAAAUCCGCAAGGGCCUGCAGGUGGUGCCCCCGUGGCACCGGUUGAUGACGGGGACCUCCCAUGGGUGGAGCGUUAUCGGCCGAAGACUCUAAGUGAUAUUCUGUCGCAUGAUGACAUCAUUCAGACCAGCAAGUCGUCCCAAACCCUAGACCUCAGGGGCUUUCAACGGUAUGUCGACAAGGGCCAGCUGCCCCAUCUCCUCUUCCAUGGCCCCCCCGGAACUGGCAAGACAUCAACAAUUCUAGCCGUGGCCAGGCAACUCUACGGCUCGCAACAGGCCUCGCAUGUGCUGGAGCUAAAUGCCUCAGAUGACAGAGGGAUUGGUUCGGUGCGAGAGUUGGUGAAGACAUUUGCGGAGACAACUUCUGCAUCUUUUUCGCUGUCGGGCGCUGCUCCCUCUGGUCCCCCCAAACUGAAGCUGAUUAUACUGGACGAAGCCGAUCAGAUGACUUCCGCAGCUCAGAAUGCGCUUAGAAGAAUCAUGGAGACCUACGCGCGGAAUGUGCGGUUUUGUUUGAUAUGCAAUUUUGUCAACAAAAUAACUCCCGCAAUUCAGUCGAGAUGCACGAGGUGUAAGAUUUUGGGCUUUGCUUCAGCUGAGGAGGAAAGCGGAAGAAGCUGCGAAAUUAGAGAAGCGGCCAGCAUGGCUCACCCUGGAGAACCCGUCGACGGCGAGUUGGUGCACCGCGUGCUCGGGUUGCCUCAGCCCAGUGAAGUCAAGUCCAUUAUGCAGACCCUCUUAGAGAAGGACUUGGUUACAUGCUCUUCAGCUCUGCACAGCCAUAUGCAGACCAUGAAACUGCCUGUUCCUGUGGCCUUGACCCUCGUGACCCGCCUCGCCGACAUUGAGGAGAGACUCGCCUUAGGCUCUGGUGACUUCGUGCAGGUACGCCCAUGCUAG